AUGACUCCGCUGGUCAUCCUGCUACUCUGUCUUGGACAAGCUGGCGCUCAGUUUCCAGAAAUCUCCGCUGAAAGUGAUUCAGAUCUAGAAGAGGCUUUGCUCAGCCUUAUUCUAAAACUGCGCCAAGAUGAGUUUUUCGACAACCUGCUUAUCUACGGAAGAGAUUGCAUUUUCCAUCAAUUAACGAAAAGCUUGGGGGUGUCCACAGUGCUGGUUACCCUGGGCAGCACUAAUUUUGACUGGGCUUUUAGCAGCCUGACCUUGAUCCUUUGCUGCGACGAUGAAGCCGAAGAUGGAGAAAACCAACGUACCUUUAUGAAAACGCAAAGAAAUAGAAGAUUAAUUUACAUAGAAGAAAAUAUGGAACCAGAGAAAGUGUGCAAUGGGUAUUUCGAAGAUGAGGCAUAUAACGUAGCCAUCGUGAAAGAAGACUUUGGAAGGUCAAAUAUCAUUUACACCUGUCGCCUCUUUCAAAAGCCUAACUUCGAGCAAGUGAGUCUGCGAGAAGCUAAACCGAUUUAUAUAGAAAACUUUAGAAACAUGCAAGGAAGUCACAUAAGAGCCAUGAGAGAAUUAAUGCCGCCUAGAACUAUGGCUUAUGAGGACAAAAAGACGGGUAAGAAAAAGCUAAUAGGCUAUGUGGCCAACUUGUUCACGAACUUUGCCCAGAGGCUGAACGCCACCUUGGAAUUGUAUAUAAUACAGGAAAAUUCUAAUGGUAGAGAAAUUCUGUUGAACGUGAGAGCUGGUAUUCUUGACAUGGGUAUGAUGUUGGAGACAUAUGUACAUCCUAAGUCUCUUGACACAGCCAGCUAUCCCUACAUCCAUGCACCCUACUGUGUGAUGCUUCAAGUUCCAGCCAAGUUACCUUACAAUCUGGUGUAUGGGAAGAUAUUGGAUCCCCCUGUGCUCGGUAUACUCUUUGUGCUUUUCUGCAUUCUGUCUGUGCUGCUGAUUUACAGUCGCAAAAAGUCCUGGCAGGAUCUCAGCCUGGCCAAUGUCCUGCUGAAUGAUGUGAGUCUACGUGGCCUAUUGGGACAAUCGUUUCCCUUCCCCUCCAAUGCAAGCAAGCACCUGAGGUUGAUCUUUAUUAUUUUAUGCUUCGCCAGCGUCAUGCUUACCACCAUGUAUGCUGCCUACCUGCAGUCCUACUUCACUAAUCCCCCCUCGGAGCCUACCAUUCGCUCCUUUCAGGAUUUUACAAAGUUCAACAAGAAACUGGCCAUCAGCAGAUUUGAGUUGGAUGAAUUGCGGAUGACCAACAACUCAAGAUUUAAGGAUAUUAAUGAGAAGGACUUGGUAGUCAUAGAGGAUUCGAAUGAAUUUAUCAGGAUUCGGGACUCUUUAAAUCAAAGCUAUAGCUAUUUAGUCACCGGAGACCACUGGAGCACAUGCGAGGAGCAGCAGAAGAUGUUCAAGGAACCGGUAUUCUACUUAUCCAAUGAUCUCUGCCUCUCCCACCUUAUACCCAUUGCCAUUCCUGUGCGAAGAUUCCUUCCCUAUCGUCACCUCUUCGAUGAGCAUAUUAUGAGUCAGAAUGAGUUUGGUUUGGUGGGUUACUGGAGAGCCCACAGCUUCUUAGACAUGGUGAGACUGGGCAUAAGGCCACUGGUUUCCGAAGAUCUGAGGCAAACAAAGACUAACGACAAGAGCCUAAUUCUGAAGGAUGUCUCCUGGGUCUUGGAACUCUACUUGGCGGCCAUGGUUUUUAGUAUUUGCUGUUUCAUAUUGGAGGUUCUAAGCGCGAGGGAACGCUUCAGUCGCUAG